AUGUUGGUGAAUCUGUUAAUUUUGGGACUCUUGAUACAUAAUGUGUUGGCAUCACCGAAAGUGUUGGAAGAUUACGAAAGGCUUUUGGUAAAGAUUAAGGACAAAUUUAAGGAACUCAAGUGAGUUUGCGUACAUCAGACUUGUAUCGGAACCGUCGAUGAGAAUGGCUUACUGUAGUAUAUAUUUUUUUGUGUUUGACUCAGGUUGCUUUGUGUUCCAGAAUAGCGUCAGACUCCUCUGGUCCUUUGUCCGAUCCGCAAGAUUAUGAGACCAACAUUCGAAGUGGUCGAUUUUCGAUACCUCCAAUCAACCGCUUGACCACUGCCCAUCCGAUUAAACUUUCAAAUCGGGCUAAGGUCAGGAAAACUGCUAAUCUUUUCUCUCCAUUCUUGCCGGUUACAACUCCAAACUCACCGUUGAAUUAUUCGGUUAGAAGUAUGGCUCCAAUGGAGUCAAAAUUACGUAUCCAGAAACUCAACAAUGUAAGUAGAGAAAAGUUCUAUCCAAUGAAUAACGUCUCCUGGUCGUCAGUUAUGACUUAAAAUCUCUUAUCCAGAACAAAGUAAUAAUCAGCUCGGAGGGCGACGAGGAAGGCCCUUUUAUCCAUGAUCCCAAGAUGUUUGAUGAUAUAUCCACAUCUACAUCCAUGCCCAUCAUCACUACAACUGCAGUAAUGGUCCCCAUGUUCAUGUUGGAUACAGAGACCGCCGAAGAAAUAAAUGGAACGUUAACUUCCACCAUGUCAUCUGAUGACAUGGAAUUCACUGAGCCCAUGAAAUCGUCGACGAUCAUUGAUAACGCCAGGUUUUCUUUCCUCGAGACCCCAAUAAUGGAGUAAGUGCAAGAAACCUGAGGAUAUAAUGUUUGCAGCCCAUUAAGGAGAAGAAGAUAUCGUCCCCGAAGGCCGAGAUACGAUAGUUUGGAGGUAUGAAUUUGCAUAUUUCAGAGUUAUGUCAUAUUCAUUGUGCUUUCUAGGAUUACGAUGACGAAGAUUUCAUUCCUAGACGGAGAAAGUUCCUCCGACCUCCAGGUAAAAUACGGCCACAUAAGUUUACGUCAGUUUUCAGCCUAUUACGACGACUAUGACAUGCCACGAUUUGGACGAAGAAGAUACCGAUAUUCGGUUUGAAUCUUUUUCCUUUCUUAACGCACCAUGACUUUCAGAAAUAUCGACCGAUUGCGGCGGCAGCACCGUUGUCUUUGGAAGAAGAUUCAAGGGAAUUCGAGAGCCCUCAUGCGAAGAAUAAACUCAGAUCUUUCAAAAGUGGGACUGCCGGGAGUAAAACCUUCGAGCCCGAGGACCCAUUGCCCUUGUCCACGUUACUUCAGGCUAGUCAAGUCAAGGAAGGGGCAGGGCUGGCUGACUCCAAGCAUGGAUAUAUUCCAUCACCGAGUAAAGGUAAAACUAUCUUAUAAAACACGACUAUGAUCACUUUGCGAUUUGUAAAUAAUCAUCCUAUUAUUCUUCAGAGGGCUCACGCAGUGCUCCUCCGCCAGAGCCGAAGAAGUCAUUGCAAAUGAGUGCGGAAAAUUGUCGCAAAGUCAACAGUUACGCUAAAAUCUUUGGAGUCACAAACCCACAGAAAUGGGUCAGACACAACUGUGCAUUCGUCCAGACGUUUGUCAAGGCACCGUGCAAGGACAUUAACUCUUUCGUGGAUUCUUGUUACAAGAAAAACGGCUAA